UGGAUUCAUCUUGUGUAAAAUAAUAUAUUUUCUAUUAAAAGUCUAGAAAAAAUUAAACAACUAUUUAAGGUAUGUUAAGCAAUAGUCCUUAAUCGAAAAUUCAACCUACCUAGUGCUGCCAAUUUUCUAUGUGUGCAUAUAUCGGUGUGUGUACAUAUGUAAUAUGUACUAGUGUAUGUAUAUAAAUAAAUACCAUGUGUUAAUUUGUAAAAAAUAAAAAAAUACAUUUAUUUAUUACAAGGAUCUCUUUACUCCCUAAUUUAAAUCUGUAAAAAAUUAUAUUUUGUUUUAGGAAGAACAAAAAAGUUUUAUUAAAAACAAUAAUAUUUAAAAUUGAAAUUAAAUUUGACAAGUCAUAAAAAUAUUAAUAUCAUUAAAAAACACUCAAGUAAAAUAUGUCUACUGUAAUAAAAUUAUCUAACUACAUAAUAAAAAAAACAUCAAAUGCUGAAGAAGUAUUUAAAGGUUUAAAUGGUGUAUUUUGUGUUUAUAAACCAGCUGGUGAAUCAAGAAUUAAAACUAAACAAAAAAUACUCAGGAAUAUCUGUAGAGACAUGACUGAACUUGAAGUACGUCCACCAGAAAACUUUGUACGUAUUGAAGGUGAAACAGAUUCAAAAUUAACAGUUAAUGUUGAGCAAAGUUAUGCUGAUCAUCCCCUGGUUGUUGGUCCUCGUUAUCAACCUGAAGACUUUCGAAUUAAAGAAGCACAUGAUAUGUCAACUGAUAUGUCAGGAAUACUACUUUUAGGACUUAACAAAGGCUGUGGAUUGAUUAAAAAAAUUAAAGAAUCAAAACCAAUGAGAUUUUUUAAAGUACAUGGAAUUUUAGGACAAGCAACUGAUAAUUAUUUUAUUGAUGGUAAAAUAUUAGAAAAAUCAAGUUACCAACAUGUCAAGAGACAUCACUUGGAUAUGAUAUCAGCUUCAAUGCAAUCAUCUCAUCAAAGAAAAAUGUUUGAAGUAUCUGGUGUUCAUAUUCAAUCACAGACUGCUUAUGAAUUAGCUGUUCAAGGACCAAUAAGACCAGACGAUGACAGAAUUCCUAUGGUUUAUUCAAUAAAAUGUAUUGAUUUUAAUCCUCCAGAAUUUACUCUAGAAAUUGUAUGCAUAAACGAGGAUGAUUUAUUUAUUAAAUCUAUAAUUCAUGCUCUUGGUAUUGAAGCAAGAACAACAGCAACAUGUACUAAGCUGCAAUGUUUCCAGUACGGGGUAUUUAAUCUAAAUGCAGCACUUAUAAAGCGUGAUUGGACUCUUCCUUAUAUAUCUGAUUGUAUAUUAAGAUCUAGACGUACAUUAGCAAGACACAGACAUAUAUUCAAACAAGAUGAUCCAAUAUUACGUGAUUAUUUUAAUCAAGAGCCAAAAAACUCAAAUGAAUCUUUAAAUAAUCAAAAAUAAAUACUGUUAUUUUUUUUUUAUUUUGUAAAUAAACAAUUAAAAGUUUAA